CUAUAAUCUGUUUUUGAUGGAUUUUUUGUACUUUAAUUACUUUUCAUAACUUUUAUGAUUUUUUUAAAAUGACUUUUAUAAAACUGUAUAACGGACAGGUACGGAACAUGAAUGAUCAAAAAUGUUUCUGAACACUAUAACUACUUCUAACAAGAGAACUAGGCUGUAAUAACCUGGACUAUUUUACAUGUAAAACAUGUUAAAUUACUUUCGUCUUGCGUUAUAAAAACAUUCGCAUAAGAAUGAUGUAAAUGGGGACGAAGGGCGCGUCUCGUUAUCCAGGACAUUGUUAAAUCUCCGGCUCUCGGCCCCUCACUGAACAGAGCAGACGCAGAGAGAGGUGAGAGUGCAGCGGGAAAGCAAGACCUCGUGCUUGCAGGACAGUACUGCUGACAUUUGGAAAGUCGCUAAGGUUUGUCCAAAAAUUAGCUAGAUUUGUCGCUAGGCGCUUUAAAAAAAAAAAAAAAAAAAAGUUGUUGGCAACACUGGUCUACACUGACAGCUAGAUAAAAGUCAGGCUAAGCUCCGCCUCUCCACAGCAAAUAGAAAAUACAGAGGGAGAGGAAAUGCGAGGUUUUUCAUUUAUGCACAUUCUAUUUGAAAAGCAAUAAAAUACACCGAAUACCCAAAUGAUGCCCUAUCUGUUUUUUUUCUUGAAAACAAUUUGUGCCCCCCUUCCGAUCUCUCCGUGCCCCCCUUUUGGGUUGAGAACCACUGACUUAGCCCAUAAGAAGAAUGAACAAUUUUAACAUUACUGGGCUAAUGUUUUCUGCUUGCUAACACAUUAAUAGUGCAGACAAUUAUGCUUAAUUAAUUAUGGAAGGCAGAAAUCGUGAUUGCAGUUAAAAUACGAUUAAUCGUGUAGCCCUAGGUAACAGCGUAACUUUUUCUAUCAGUUAAAUUUUUCUUCAUCCUUCAUGGCAUCUUUGUGCUUUUGGCCGAAACCAGAAAAUUUUUGCUGGCUGAAUCGUGGGUGAACACCUUUUUAUGGAAUUCAGUUUGUCAGCUGGUCAACCUUAGUAUGGUGGUCAGAUGCCAGGGGGCCCGAUGGGUGGCCCUCCCCCAGGAUCUUACCAAACCCAAUAUGCCGCCUACCCUGGCACCUUCAGUGCACCCCCUGCCCAAGACCCCAUGUGGGGUUACUUCACCGCCAUAGCCGGCCAGGAUGGUGAGGUGGAUGCUGAGGAGCUCCAGAGGUGUUUAACACAGACUGGCAUCAGUGGCACUUAUGCUCCCUUCAGUUUGGAGACAUGCAGAAUUAUGAUUGCCAUGCUGGAUAGAGAUUAUUCAGGUAAGAUGGGCUUCAAUGAGUUUAAGGAGCUGUUUGCUGUGCUGAAUGGCUGGAAGCAGAACUUCAUGAUGGUGGACCGAGAUAACAGCGGCAGUGUGGAGCCUCACGAGUUGUCUCAAAGCAUUACUAAUAUGGGGUACAGAGUGAGCCCUCAGGCUUUAGGGUGCAUCAUCAAGCGCUUUAGUCGGGGAGGCAGGAUCUAUUUCGAUGACUAUGUGGCCUGCUGUGUGAAACUCCGGGCUCUAACAGAGAAUUUCAGGAUGAGGGAUGUUAUGCAACAAGGAGCUGUGAACUUCCGUUAUGAUGAUAAACAAGAGGCUGUUUAUAAAUUACCUGCAGUUACACCACAGUGCUGUCGAAUUCUCAAAUCUGAAGGUGUUUUUCAAUUUUCUGUAAUGGCACAGCUCUAGACAGUAGCUCUCACU